CCUCUCCGUAGAUAGGGGCAGAGUCUGUUGUGUGCGAGUCGGAGAUGGACCCAGGGCGCUCUUCCGAUUAGCGAAUGCUAAAAGAGACUCACUUAGCAAGAACUAUUGAUAUAACAUACUAGAUUGGCUUUAACCUGAAAACAAAACACAUAAGUUUAUUAUCUUUCACAUCCGCUCCACACACACCAACACGGGAUUGAUGGUAAUGUAUGCAAGGAAACCAGCGAGACUCGGCGAUGGGUGCAACGACCGAAGGGACUCACAGCCCUAUCAGACCCUUAAAUACUCAUCGAAGAGUCAUCCCGGUAGCGACCACCGGCAUGAGAAGAUACGAGACCCUGCUGAUGCUACCCCACCGUGCAAAAUCCUGCGGCGAUCUGACAGCCCAGACAACAAACACACCGACAGUUCCAGUCAUGGCCGGGCGAAAGCGAUCCACACACACCGAGGCAGAGAGAGGGAUGGAGGGACCAGUUAUUCCCCUCAGGAGAACUCCCACAACCACAGUGCUCUGCACAGCGCCAACUCCCAUUCCAACCCCAACAGGACGGCUGACACACCCUAUGAGCCUGCAGAUGACUGGUCAGAGCACAUUAGCUCCUCUGGGAAGAAGUACUACUACAACUGCAGGACAGAGGUGUCACAGUGGGAGAAGCCUAAGGAGUGGCUCGAAAGAGAGCAGAGGCAGAAGGAGGCUGCCAAGACAACGGUAGUCAACAGCUUCCCCAAAGACCGAGACUACAGACGGGAGGCUAUGCAGGCCACGGUUGCCUCCAGCUUCCCUACCAAGUUGGCAUCAGACAAGCCUUCCUCCCUCUCCUGUACGUCUCAGUCCUCCUCUUCCUCGGCGUCUGGCGCCAGUGCUGCCGGCCAGCCCGGCUCAGCCUCCGUCUCCACGGUCCCCGUCUCCCCGGUGAUGCAGUCUCCGGUCGCGUCCACCCUGCUCCAGGACCCCUCCCUCCUGAGACAGCUCCUCCCCGCGCUGCAGACCGCCCUGCAGCUCAACAAUGCCAGCGUGGACAUGGCCAAGAUCAAUGAGGUUCUGACAGCAGCCGUGACUCAGGCGUCCCUGCAGUCUAUGCUCCAUAAGAUCCUCACGGCCGGCCCGUCUGCCUUCAACAUCACCUCCCUGCUCUCCCAGGCUGCCCAGCUGUCCAACCAAGCCCAGCCAUCCAGCCAGUCGCCCAUGUCUCUGACUUCAGACGCCUCAUCGCCCCGCUCCUAUGUGUCCCCGCGCAUCAGCACCCCCCAGACCAACACCGCAUCCCACAAGCCACUGCUCAGCACGCCACCCGUCGCCUCUCAGACCAAGGUGAGCACACCUGUUGUGAAGUCAGGCUCCCACCCUCAGCCCUCUCCCCAGCAGCCCCAGCCCUCGGACAAGCACCACCACGACACGUCCAGCUCCCCCCGCAACCUGCAGAGACAGAGCAGUCAAAGAAGUCCCUCCCCUGGCCCCAAUCAUGUCGCCGCGAGCAACAGCAGCACCAAUAACCACAGCAGCAGCAGUAGAGUGGGUGGGGCCGCGGGGGCAAGUGGGGGGGCCCAGGCCGACCCCCCAGGACGGUCUGCGUGCUUCACCCCCUCCCUGGCGGCACACUUUGACGAGAGCCUCAUCAAGCACGUACAGGGCUGGCCAGCGGAGCACGUCGAGAAACAGGCGGCUCGGUUACGCGAGGAGGCUCACACCAUGGGCAGCAUCUACAUGUCGGAGAACUGCACCGAGCUGAAGAACCUGCGCUCUCUCGUCCGAGUGUGUGAGAUCCAGGCCACGCUGCGUGAGCAGAGGAUACUGUUUUUGAGACAGCAAAUCAAGGAACUUGAAAAGCUGAAGAAUCAGAAUUCCUUCAUGGUGUGAACUUCAGUGCACCGGAGUGUUGGGGAUCUGGAAAAGAGUGGGGCUGAGGAGAGAGGGGCUGAAGAGUGUGUGUGUGUGUGUGUGUGUGUGUGUGUGUGUGUGUGUGUGUGUGUGUGGUUGUGAGGUGCAUCAACCUGUUGCACACAUUCAGAACCCUGGAGAACCGUGGUUGUGCUAUUUGGGCCCAGCUGUGCCUAUAGACAGAAAUACAUCCACUUCUGGACCAAGAGGGUGAAUGUGUGUGUGUGCGUGUGUCUGUGCGUGUGCGUGUGUGUUGGUGUGGGUGGAUGUGGUGGGGCUUGGGUGUUGAAACUGAACCGCCCCACACCUCUCCUCUCUGCCCUGGGCGUGUAGAUUUCCAGUAGAUGUUAUUUCCAUGUUUGUAAAUAGGUUUUGUAGAAGCCAUGGAAAGCCAUGCCUAUCAGAGAAACAGAAGAAGAAGGUAAAAAAAAAAAAGAAGCUUUCCACAUCCAAACGAUGGAGCAGACAUCAACUGGAUCCCUGUUGGCCUUUGGAACUUUCUCUUAGCUCUGGGGGAGGAUGCCAGCAGGCUUUUUCUUGCGGUAGACUGAGACCGGUGAACCAUUUGCCCUGAGCACGCACCACGGACCUGCAUGGAUACGAUGGACGAUCUGAAUGGGACGGUCACCAAACAUGUAACUCCCUUACCCCUUGUCCUCCACACUUCCAAACAAACACACACAAACACAUAGGACUCCCGUCAGUCGCUCAAACACUCAUCCUCUCCACUUGGACCCCCCCCCCUCAAUCUCACCAUGUCGCACGGAGACUCAUGCAUACACACCUCUACAGUUUUCUCUCUUAUUCACAACCACAUACUGGCAUACACACACACACACUCAGUUUAAUGACGGAUUUUUCUCAUUGUGUGGACUGUAACAAUGAAGCGUAACUGGUUAGCAGCGUAGUCUCCUGUAUCCUCUGUUUGUUCUCUGACGGCCUGGUUCAGAGGGGGCCUCCUGUCUGCCUGCAGUUCCUCCAGUGGCCUGCUCACACUGCCCCCCAGUGACUUGGCUCCAGUACUGCAAUCACCAGUGCCUGUCAGUAUGACGGAGAUGGGAAAAGGCGGCGGGGGAUUGUGGGCUAGUGACAGCGCUCAGUUUGGGUUGAAAGAGAGUAAGGACCAUUGCCGCAGCUUAACGUACCCACAUGGGCCCCACCCAGCACGCACCAAUCAGGCUUUGUUCUAGCAACAUUGAGGUGGAGUCUAGUUGCUGAAACUCCCACCCCUGCCCACUCCUUUUUUUUCUUACCUUUUUUUUUUUGUUUGUUUGUUUUCAGGGGGUUUUCAAACUUUUCAUCCAGUCUCUCUCUCUUGUGUACUUCUGUUGCCCGUCUGUCUGUUUUUAAAAAGCUGUACUUUAAAAGGGUGCGAUACGUUCCUUUAAGAACGUGACGCGCCCUCACAUAAAGCAAAUAUCAUUCCUUUGUACAGUCGUCAAAGUAGUAAUGGAAUUUAAAAAGAGAAAGCCGCUUUAUUCAAAAGUUGCAGUGAUUAUUAGUAUAUCAGAUUUGUUGUAUCCAUAAAUUAUUGCUGCACAUUUUUCAUUUGCGCCCUGUACGUUCGGACGGAGUGGAGGGUGGGGAGGGGUUGUGCUGCUGGGGGUGUUGGGAGGGGGAUGUCACACAGGCAAGGACUGGACAUUUGUGACUUCCCACACCUCAUCAUCGUCAGGGUCGGGGCAGAGGCACACAGGGGUCACAAGGUCAAAUGUGAAUUGUAUGUAUUGUAAUAAACAUUCUAACUAAAGCGA